UUUUCUCUUGAUGCAGUGUAUGCAAAAGGAGCCGCAGGAACUCUGCAGGGAAAUUUUGAUCGCAGCACGCCUUAAGGCAAAACUUACAAAUGUAGCCUACAAGUGGGUAAUAGUUACAAAUUCAGCCCACAUCUGUGACGUGCUAGUGCGUUGCCAUGGUAAGGGUUGUCUUGUGGGCCUGGUCACUUGUGAGCUUAUUCAGUCUUUAACCAGGAGGUGAACGGGAGCUGUUUGGCUGCUUGUCUAACAAGGCUGUGGCAAGCCAUGGCGAUCGAUUUUGGAGACCCCAAGAGUGGCUUCCGCCAUAGUGAGGUGAUCACGUUCAUCAACGAGGAAGUUCUCGGUAAUGGAGGUGGGCCAGACUUCUAUCUCACUUUCCGCUCGCGAUCCUGGAAUGAUAUUGAAGACGGCCUGAAGUCGGUGGUGGCCGACUCGCAGGUCCCUCGCACCAUCAAGAGGGCUUGCGCUUGGAGCGCGCUGGCCCUGGGGGUUCGCAUGGCGGCGAAGCAGCGCGAGCGGCUGGCGCGCCGCAUUCGGCGGCUGCAGGAGCAGGUGGACCAGCGCGAGGAGAGCACCUGGGCUCUGGCCUCGGAGCUGGAGCUCCUGCGCCAGGAGCGAGAGGAAGUGGUCUCUCGCUUGCGCAAUGCCAGAGACAACCUGCAGCAAACCCUCCUCGAGCAAAAACACCUCCGCCAGAGGCUUUUCCAUUUUGAUCUGUCCCAGCAAGCUGUGGCCGGCUUGCAAGAUGAGAGGCGUCAGACCGAGGCGUGGGUGCAGAGUCGACAGAAGGCAGCAUCCCUAGCGACCCGCGUGCCGUCCAAAACCGGUAUAGUAAGACAGCCUCCCCCUCAGCCCCCCCCCCCCAUUCUGGAUCCAGGUUAUUUAGUGCCCUUCUCCACACCAUUCCCAAUAUCACUAGCGUGUCUGUCAGACCCACCUUCGUAACAAUUUCAGUAUGGUCCGCAGAAGCUUCUUCCCACCUUAGAUACCUGGCCUAUGGUCAAUGGCAGUAGGGAUUGGGGAAGAUAGCCCAGUGGUGAGACUAGAGGAGCCUUGGGAGAAGGUCCAGUGAGGCCCUAGGACAUAAGCCCCUUCACUGACAGCAACACAAAAGCAGGAGAGAACUCGUAUGACACUUCCGAAUGACACUCUAUGAACUAUCCCCUACAGAUACCAUACUUUGGUUAAGACAUUUGUGUACAGAUGCAUACAAUCCCGUAUGUCUUUACUUGUACAUUUACA